AUGGUAGAAACCGGCUCUGAAAACAACAUCACCAUUGCUAAUCCCACAAAGACACCGGCAUCUAAGCGCUCACUUGACCCUCAAUCAAUAGCCCAAGAAACCAAGCGUCGUCGUCUCAAUGUAGCUACAAACACCCUCUCGAAACCUUUCCGUUCACCCUUAUUAUCAGGUCGGAAACCAUCGAGCAAUAGAACCCCACCAAAGGCCCCCGAAGAGCCGCAAUCACCAACCCCAGUAGUUGCAUCUAAAGCUCGAAAAAUACCUACACUGGUCCCCCGUAGUAGGCCGCUGUCAUUCGCCAAGCAACCAAUUGAUCCAGAACUUGCAGCACUCUACAAGCAGCAGUCACAACUAGAAGCAACUCUUCGCUCUAAGAAGGCGUCGCUUGAUACAGCUCUUCAAGCUGUGAAGAUUGAAUCAGCGGAAUAUGAAGAUUCUGAUGAAAAAUUGGAGGAAUUGAUUGAGAAGUGGAGAGGUGCUGCAAGAGGUGCUGCUGAUGUGCUUUUUGAGUAUGCAAGUGAGAGAGUCAGUAACAUGGGUAGUUCUGGAGGUUGGAAAGAGAUGCUUAGGCCGAAAAAUCCAUGGGGCGAUGAUGAAAAGCCACAGGAGGCUGAGCAGAGACCAAUUGAACAAGAGGAAGACGAUGAAUUUACAAUGGAAGUUAUGCUGAAGACACUUAACAUCGACUUGAACCUCAUUGGGUACGAUCGUGAAAGAGAUUGUUGGAGUUAA